GCGUGUAGCCGUGUGUGUUUGUGUGGAAAAAAAGGAAGCGGAGCCUGUAAACGGCAAACUCGCUGCCUUCUAGUCGCCCUCCGAGCAACCAGCAGCUACGGGCUACUUUUUGUUUUUUGUUUCCCCCCCGCCCCCUUCUCGUCGUCGAUGAAACAGCGAGUAGGAAUACUUAGGACCGGGUUGGGGGGGUGGGGGGGAGGUACCGCCGAACGUCGCUCCCGCUCGCCUCGUUGCCGUCGGAUCUCGGAGCGAGUUGAAGCCGUCUUUUGUUGAAACAAGUGCCCGCUCGCCUCAGCUCCUUCUGCAUGUGGCCAGUGGAGCGGGGUGGGGGGGUUUUAUUCGCAUAAGAGGAAAAGUCUGCUUUGUGCGCGUGUCUGGAUUUGCUGCAGCGAGUUCGUUGGGUCAUCCCGGGCGAGGAUUUGAAGAACUUGUUUGCAACGGGACUCCCCAAGAAUCACCAGACUGGCGGGUUUUCUGAAACUCUGGGGUUGUUGGUGUGGCCAAAUUUUCCCUGGAUUUGACUAGUAAAUUCAGAAGACUGAAGCCCAGGCUCACAGUCUACCUUUCACGGAGGCCCAGCCGUGAGAGGACUGAGGAAGGCACGUGGCGGAUCAUGACGGCUGACAAAGAGAAGGAGAGGGAGAAAGAGCGGGACAGAGACAGAGAUCGGGAUAGGGACAAGAGGGAGUCCGGGAAGUCCCGCCGACAAGACGGCGAACGGGGCGAGAGCGAGAGCUCCAGGCCCAGGCGCAGUUGUACGCUGGAAGGCGGCGCCAAGAACUAUGCAGAGAGCGAACACAGCGAGGAUGAGGACAAUGACAAUGGCAGCACAGGUGGAGGCAGCGGCACGGCCGAGGAGGCCGGCAAGAAGGGCAAGAAAAAGAUGCCCAAGAAGAAGUCCCGCUACGAGCGCACAGAGAACGGAGAGAUCACAUCCUUCAUUACAGAAGACGAUGUUGUUUACAGACCAGGAGAUUGUGUGUAUAUUGAGAGUCGCCGGCCCAACACUCCCUACUUCAUUUGUAGCAUUCAAGAGUUCAAACUGAGUAAACGGGACCAUCUGCUGAUGAAUGUGAAAUGGUACUACCGCCAAUCAGAAGUGCCCGACUCUGUCUACCAGCACCUGGUGCAGGAUCGCAACAAUGAGAACGACUCCGGCCGUGAGCUGGUUAUCACAGACCCGGUGGUCAGGAGUCGAGAGCUCUUCAUCUCUGACUAUGUGGACACGUAUCAUGCUGCUGCUCUCAGGGGGAAAUGCAACAUUUCACAUUUCUCCGACAUUUUUGCUGCCAGGGAGUUCAAAGCCCGCAUUGACUCCUUUUUCUAUAUCCUUGGAUAUAACCCAGAGACCAGGCGGCUAAACAGCACUCAGGGGGAAAUCCGGGUGGGCCCCAGUCACCAAGCUAAGCUACCAGAGCUUCAGCCUUUCCCCUCCUCUGGUGGACAGGCCAUAACGGAGAAUGAGGAGCUGGUCUGGAUGCCGGGGGUCAACGACUGUGACCUUCUCAUGUACCUCAGAGCCGCAAGGAGCAUGGCCGCCUUUGCAGGGAUGUGUGACGGAGGCUCAACAGAGGAUGGAUGUCUAGCAGCCUCUCGAGAUGACACUACAUUAAACGCACUCAACACUCUUCAUGAGAGCAGCUACGAUGCCGGCAAAGCUCUCCAGCGGCUGGUGAAGAAGCCGGUGCCAAAGUUGAUAGAGAAGUGCUGGUCUGAGGAUGAAGUGAAACGCUUCAUUAAAGGGCUGAGACAGUUCGGCAAAAACUUCUUCAGGAUCCGGAAGGAGCUCCUGCCUCACAAAGAAACGGGUGAGCUGAUUACCUUCUACUACUACUGGAAGAAGACCCCCGAGGCAGCCAGCUGUCGAGCCCAUCGCCGACAUCGCCGCCAACCCGUCUUUCGGCGUAUCAAGACCCGAACGGCUUCAACUCCUGUCAACACUCCUUCCCGUCCACCUUCUAGUGAAUUCUUGGACCUCAGUUCAGCCAGCGAAGAUGACUUCGACAGUGAGGACAGUGAACAGGAGCUGAAAGGCUACGCUUGCCGCCACUGCUUCACGACCACCUCCAAAGACUGGCACCACGGGGGCAGAGAGAACAUCUUGCUGUGCACAGACUGCCGCAUUCACUUCAAGAAGUACGGGGAGCUACCUCCCAUCGAGAAGCCCGUGGACCCGCCGCCAUUUAUGUUCAAACCUGUCAAAGAGGAAGAGGAUGGACUCAGCGGGAAGCAUAGCAUGAGGACCAGACGGAACCGAGGCUCGAUGUCAACGCUACGCAGUGGUCGCAAGAAGCAAACAGCCAGUCCCGAUGGCCGAGCCUCGCCCAUCAAUGAGGACCUGCGCUCCAGCGGACGUACUUCCCCCAGUGCCGCAAGUACAGACAGCACCGACAGCAAGACGGACACCAUGAAGAAGCCCGGCAAGAAGAUUAAAGAGGAGGCUCCUUCACCCAUGAAGAGUGCCAAACGGCAGCGAGAGAAGGGAGCUUCAGACACAGAAGAACCUGAGAGGGCAGGUGCCAAAAAGUCCAAAACACAAGAGCUGAGUCGACCAGACUCCCCCUCCGAAUGUGAGGGCGAAGGCGAGGGCGAGAGCUCCGACGGACGCAGUAUCAACGAGGAGCUCAGCAGCGAUCCCAAGGACAUUGACCAGGACAACCGCAGCUCUUCUCCAAGCAUCCCCAGCCCCCGUGACAACGAGAGCGACUCGGACUCUUCUGCCCAGCAGCAGCAGCUCCUGCAGAGCCAGCACCCUCCGGUCAUCCAGUGUCAGCCAAGCACCUCAACAGCCGCCCCCCCUGCCCCGCCGCCGCCUCCUUCCGCGGCCUCGGCCCCUUCGCUGCCUCCGCAGGUCUCCCCGACAGCGGCCUCCAUCUCUCUGCCGCCUCUUCCUCUUCCUCAAGCGAGCCCCUUGGCUCUCAUCCAGUCAGGAGCUUCCCUUCAUCCUCAAAGGCUUCCCUCUCCACAUUCACCCUUGACUCAAGCCCCGCCUCCGGGCCCCCCGGUCCCACCUCCAUCGUUACCCGGCUCGCAUCACGGCCCCGUGCCACCCAUGCCGCAUCCGCUGCAACCCGGUCCCGCGCACAUGCCUCACCCCCACUCGCUGUCUGCCCAGGGCUUCCCUUUGAGUCAGUCUCAGGUCCCGCCCCCGCCGAUAUCGGGCCAGUCGCAACCCAGGCCGCAUACCCCGCCCUCACAGUCGUCUUCUCACGGCGGAGGACAGCCUCCUCGAGAGCAAGCGCUCCCUCCCGCGCCGAUGUCGAUGCCUCACAUCAAGCCCCCGCCUACGACGCCCAUCUCUCAGAUGCCCACUCCGCAGUCCCACAAACACCCGCCGCACGUGUCGGCACCUCCGUUCCCGCAGAUGCCUUCCAACCUGCCUCCGCCUCCUGCCCUCAAGCCCCUCAGCUCGCUGUCCACCCAUCACCCUCCGUCGGCACACCCGCCUCCACUUCAGCUUAUGCCGCAGGGGCAGCAGCUUCAGCCUCCCCCGGCGCAACCUCCAGUUCUCACCCAGUCCCAAAGCCUCCCUUCAUCAUCCGGCCACCAGCCUCCCCCAGCUCCUUCACUGCCGCCCUCUGCGGGGGUGUCGCACCCCAACGGGCCGCCGCAGCUGCCCUUCUCCCCGCACCCUUACAGUACAGUUCUACCUCCAACGGGCCCCUCCGCAUCCUCAUCCAACUCCGCGCCGGGCUUACAACCCGCGUCUUCCUCCGUCCCGCCCUCGUCCAUCUCCAUGCCGCUGCCCGCGUCCGUCGCUUGCGCCGGCCUGGGCAUGGGGCUCCCGCCCGUGCACAUCAAAGAGGAGCCGCUGGACGAGACCGAGGAGCCAGAGAGCCCUCCGCCCCCGCAAAGGAGUCCCUCCCCCGAACCCACCGUCGUCAACACGCCGAGCCACGCCAGCCAGUCUGCACGUUUCUACAAGCAUCUGGACCGCGGUUACAACUCGUGCGCGAGGACUGAUUUCUACUUCACUCCCUUGGCCUCCUCCAAACUGGCCAAGAAACGAGAGGAAGCCGUGGAGAAGGCCAAAAGAGAAGCGGAGCAGAAAGUGCGCGAGGAGAAGGAGAGAGAGAGGGAGAGGGAAAAGGAGCGGGAGAGAGAGCGGGAACGAGAAAAGGAGGCUGAGCGAGCGGCGAAAGCCUCCUCUUCGGCCCAUGAGAGCAGAAUGGGCGAACCGCAGAUGGCCGGGCCCGCCCACAUGCGCCCCCACUUUGACGGACCCCCCACCACUAUUGCAGCUGUGCCUCCCUACAUCGGUCCCGACACCCCCGCCCUGCGCACCCUCAGCGAAUACGCCCGACCGCAUGUCAUGUCGCCGACCAAUCGAAACCACCCUUUCUUCGUGUCCCUCAACCCCGCCGACCCGCUGCUGGCCUACCACAUGCCCAGCCUGUACAACGCCGACCCGGCCAUGCGGGAGCGCGAGUUGCGUGAGCGCGAGAUGCGCGAGCGGGAGAUUCGCGAGCGGGAGCUGCGGGAAAGGAUGAAGCCCGGUUUUGAGGUCAAACCUCCCGAAAUGGACGCACUCCACCCUUCCACGAACCCCAUGGAGCACUUCGCCCGGCACGGGGCCAUCACGUUGCCCCCCAUGGCCGGCCAUCACCCCUUCGCCUCCUUCCACCCGGGCUUGAACCCGUUAGAGCGCGAGCGGCUGGCCCUCGCCGGGCCUCAGCUGCGGCCGGACAUGAGCUACCCGGAGAGGCUGGCGGCGGAGAGACUCCACGCCGAGAGGAUGGCCACCGUGGCCAACGACCCCAUCGCCAGGCUCCAGAUGUUCAACGUCACGCCGCACCACCAUCAGCACUCACACAUCCACUCCCAUCUACACCUGCACCAGCAAGACCCUCUUCACCAAGGUGGUGGUGAAUGUCUUGUGUGUCCUCCAGGUUCAGGGGCCCACCCCCUGGCCGUAGACCCCCUGGCAGCCGGACCGCACCUGGCUCGCUUCCCUUACCCGCCUGCCGCCAUCCCCAACCCGCUCCUCGGCCAGCCGCCGCACGAACACGAGAUGCUGCGCCACCCGGUCUUCGGAGCACCGUACCCUCGGGACCUACCCGGAGGUCUGCCCCCGCCCAUGUCGGCGGCCCACCAGCUGCAGGCCAUGCACGCCCAGUCGGCCGAACUCCAGAGGCUGGCCAUGGAGCAGCAGUGGCUGCACGGCCACCAUCACAUGCACGGAGGCCCGCUGCCCGGCCAGGAGGACUACUACAGCCGACUGAAGAAAGAGAGCGACAAACAGCUGUAACGGGCCGAGGGAGGCGACAGGAAGUUGUGAAGAACACAAAAAGGCCAAGUGGAUCCAAUUUUUCUUUGUUUUUCCAACCCCCCCGCCCCCCCAAGACAUUUUCUUUGGUAUAUAGCCAGUAAAAGUGACACAACAUCCUGAAGACUCCUGCAUGACAAGCUUCCCUGACAUUUCUUUUUGUAGGUGCUAGAAGAAGACACACUGUGCUUACCCCCCCCCCCCCCCCCCCAAAAAAAAAGUUGGCCGCUUAUGGAGAAUAACAAGUGCUAUCUUAAACUCAACAUUUAUUUUAAUACAUUGUUGGAGCUUUUUUUUUUUUUUAGACAAAAAUCAUUUUAGGAAGAGCUACCGCAUGGAGUUUUUCCCCCCUUUUUUUUGGAAUUUGUAAAUAGUAUAUAUAAACAUAUAAUUAUUAUAAUUAUUAUUAUUCCUAGGUGUGGACAAACAAGUCGUUUCAACCUCCGCUGCAGUUGUGUUGAUGCAUUAUCCCUUGUUUCAGAGGGGAGCAACAUGGCAUUAUUCUUAUGAUUUGAGCCAUUUGAUUUGUGACCUUGGUCUGACAUUGCCGUGUUAGAUUUAGUCCCACGUAGCCCAUGUGAUAACCCCGCCCCCCCCAACCCCGAACCCCUGUUGCACCCACUCAUCACACACCAGCUUUUUUCAGAAUGUGUCGACGCGGCCUGUUGACUUUGUGACUUGAAACACUUGAAGAUUCCCUUCAUCCCUGACGACGACGAAAAUUGAUUGCACUGAAAUUUCUUUUUAUCCUCUGCCGCCAUUAUUUAAACGACAAAACAAGUCAUAUAAAAUGACCUUUUUUGACCCCAACAAUUUGGACAGUGCCAGAAGUCUUUUUUUUUUUUUUUUUUUUAAUGCUAGGUGACUAUGAUACAUGAUCACAGGAGCCCUACGGGACCUUUUUAGUGGUGGCAUCCUCCACCCUCAUGUUCACUGUGGCCUGCCGACGUGCGACCACCGGGAAGCGUGCUUGUGCGCAUGUUUGUGCGUGUGUGUGUGUGUGUCGCACCAGCGUGCGCUUCACGUUUUCCAAUGGACACUGUUUGACUUGUCAUGGAUUUUAACAAAACUGUCUUAUUCCUUGUUUUUAUAAUUUUCGUUUUGCCAAAUGAAGAAACUGUACUCGCAUUUUUUAAAUGACCAUGUCAUACUUCCUCGGAGCACUAUUUUUAUGUUGUUUUGCAAGUGGAAAGUCUUCUGACCUUCCAUUUUCUGACGCACUCUUCAUCCUCCCGUCCGUCCCCCGAGCGUCCUCCUUUGCCUUUCCCGUGCCCCCCCCCCCACCCCUUUUUUGUGUCUCCAAACCUUUGGUGUUCAGUGUUGUCAACGGUUUAGCUUCUCGUUUCAAAGCGGCAGCAGCAGAAUGUCCGUUCUGACUGCCAAGAUUUCUAUAUAUACUGGUAUCUUGAAGCUUAUUGUACAUAUGAGUAGUCGCAAAUGGGAUGACACAAUGUAAACAAAAAGUAGAAAGAAUAAGAAAAAAAUGUGAGUCCUGUGUUCUCUCCAUUUGAGUAUUUUGUAAUUUUUUUGAAAAAUUUGUGGAAUUAAAAUAAACGACUAAGUUACACCACAA